AUGCCUUUUCGGCCUGAACACUCGCUAUUGCGGGUCGAGGUCCCCGCCCUGCACACUAUCGACACCAGCAGCGUCGAGAACCUCUUUGGCAUGUGGUCGCUGUUCUCAAAGACUUCCCACGCCAUGGAAGACGGCAAACGAUUAGAAAACCUCAGCUGGCGGUUGUGGAAUCGCGAAACGUUCUGCUGCGCGCCCGAAUCCAAGACUGCCUGCAACGCUCCUUCCCAACGACGCUCUCUUUCAGACGCGGCAACCGCAAGUGGCAACAUCGCUCUGCCCGCGCGUUCCUCGAGUCUGGAAUCCGCCACCUCGUCGUCCGACGAUGAACUCGACGUCGACACCACCUCCUCCACCAUCACACCUCGCAUCCCCAAAGCCCGCCCCGAAAUCAGACGGAACGAUUCCACGGAUAGCAGCCGAAGUCGCGGACGCGAAAAGCACAUUACCCCGAUCGACCUGGAGAAGAUAGUCAUCUCCAUCAAGGAGACCAAAGAGCUGGAACCGAUCGAACUCCCCGCCACGUCGACGCCCGCAUCGCGAGUUCCUGAGCCACCUUCCACCUCCGCUCCCCAAGUCCUCUCGAUGCUCGACCUCACCUCCUCACAAACGUCAGAACCCUCACACACUGCCACACCCCACACAUCGGCAUCCCAGUCGACGCUGUUGGAGUCGUCCGCCUCCACCGUCGCCACCGAUGGCUCCCACGCUUCUCAAACAUCGCAGACCGUCGGCUCGCAGGAUAGCUCGUCGACGGAGAUGAGCACACACAGCAUCGUGCGUGGCUUUGUGCCAGGCGGUGCCCCAUCUUCGUAUCGAUCGCAAACAAACCUCGCAUCGACGCAACCGACCCCGAUCCUCAAAACAUCUCCCCAAUAUCGACCGGCACCGCCAAAGGUCAAGAAAGGACCCAUGUUCACCAUUGGCACCUCUUCUGACGAAGGCGAGAGCUCACUCGAGAGUCACAUGUACCGCAGCCAUCUCUCGGAGAGCCUGAAGCGUGGCGCCAGCCUCCACAGCGACAACAGCAAGAAGCAAACAUCGUUCAAAGACGAAGUCGCAGUCGCUCGCAACAGCCCAGUGUUUGAAUCGGACGACGAAGAUGAUGAAGUGUCAGAGAGCGCAAUCGAGGACGAUGACGACUCAUCAGAUUGGGAGGAUUCUGACGACAACAGCGGCCCCUCGUCCGUGAACGACGCUGGACUCUUCCAGAGAGUGGACUCGAGACCGGACCUCACUUCGAGACGAUCGCUGUUGACGACUUUGAUGCACGAGCCGGAUCGUGCCAGGGCACUUGCAAACGCCGCAUCACGUUCGCAACCUCACAUCCGCCGAUCAAGGACCACCACACCGAACGGCCCUUCGGUGGCCACCUCACCAGAACCGACUUCACAGCUUCAGCUCCCCAGCCAGGAGGGAACAACCCGCUCGAAGCCAAUUAUCAUGACAACAUCAAACACCCACGAUCAGACCCUGGCGCUCUCUCCACGAACCACCCGCCGCAAUAUGCUCUCCACUGAGCUGACAGAAUCACUGCGGAAGAACCUUCUCUGGGAGCGCCAGCAUCGUAGUACCGGCAACUUGGCUGCACUCAAGCGAAGGCACACGUCAACCGAUGUGAAGAACUUGAAACAGCCGCCCGAGCCGGUUGCUAUGUCACAUAAGGACGGGAAGAAGUUCACCAACGAUUACUUCCACCAUGGACUCGGAGAAUACCACGCCAAAGGCUGGUAG